AUGGAUAAAUAUAGUUAUGAGGAAGAAAACUUGUCUGAAGAGCUCUUGGAUGAGAAGGCUUGCAUUUUAAGUGUGAAUAUGCCAAACAAUAUUGAUGCUAAUAUGUCCAAACCCUUGUUUUCAAGUAAAAUGAGAGUAACUAAAGAGGCGAAAUAUAAAUCUCUCACUUCAAGCAAAUACAAUCCAUCUCCAAUUUCAAAAAUGUCAGUUGCACAAGAGAAGAAAUAUUGUGAAACAUUUACAAAAGCCAGUUCCAAUAAUUGUUCAGACUCUUCAUUUUCUGAAUCUUGCCUUCAAAGAGAUAUUAAGGCUUUAUUACGUAAGGCUAUUAAAAUAAGAAAAGACUCACAUCCCUCUCCUGAAGUCCAGGUUUCCCCUGGAGAUAAAAGUAUUGCUGACUGGAAGAUUUAUGCUAAGGGUGUCAGUGUCACGGACUGUCAAGCUCCAAGUGCUGCCAAUUAA